AUGAGUAACUCCAAAAGAAGAAUAGAAACCGAUGUGAUGAAGUUGCUAAUGAGUGACCACGACGUAGAACUGAUCAAUGACAACAUGCAGGAAUUUCACGUCAAGUUUCAUGGGCCCAAAGAUACACCUUAUGAAGGAGGGGUGUGGAGACUGCACGUUGAACUGCCAGACAACUACCCAUACAAAUCGCCCAGUAUUGGGUUUGUGAAUAAAAUAUAUCAUCCGAACAUCGAUUCGGCGUCAGGGUCGAUCUGUCUCGACGUGAUCAACUCUACCUGGAGCCCGCUUUACGACUUGCUCAACAUUAUCGAGUGGAUGAUCCCGGGGUUACUGAAGGAGCCCAACGGCUCAGAUCCGCUAAAUAACGAGGCUGCGACGCUUCAACUGAAGAACAAAGAGCUCUACGACCAGAAAAUACGGGAGUUUAUCGACAAGUACGCGACAGAGGACAGGUACCGCAGCGCGUUCGGGAUGGGCAGUGACGACGAAAGCGACAACGACGAAGACGAUGAGAAGCUGGGAGAAGCGAGCCAGGACGACGGCCCAGACGCGUCUACUGCGCGCAGCCAGCGGGGGACACGGGACGUGUCACGUGGCGUCUCAGGGCAGACUCCAUCAGACGACCUCGAGGUGUCGGACGACUACGAUUACGACGACAACGACGAGGACUCCGAAAAUUUGAGCGAGGAGCUCACCAAUAUCCAAGUGAGCGACGACGACGACGGUAUCGGGAUGUACGACGACGACGAUGAUGAUGACGGCGAUGACGACGACUAA